UAUCCACUGUCUGAGGCUGAGCAGCUGCACAACCACCUCAGUGCUUGUUGCCUCUUUCUCUCCUCCUUCCCGUUUUCUCAUGGCUCAGCCUCACAGAAAACGUGCAUCAGCUGUUCUGGCCAGUCAAAGACCGCGGAGAACUAAUCUGGUCGCAGCACUCGUUGCGAGAGUGGACAGCAAGCUUGGGAACAGGAGGAAAUCCUGACUUUUAGGAUGGGAAAGGGAAAUACGCACUAUCUAAUACUAAUCAGGGGACUUAGCUUUACUUUGCCCCAGAACCUCAGUAUGGCUUUCUCUUGACCACAUGACAAUAAGAGACAUUUCAGAACUGAAUCUUAUCAAAUGUUUAGCCUAAUGAAGAGGUAAUAGCAAGCACCACCUUGUUGAGACUAACUGCCAUCCGUCAGUCUCUUUGCUGUACCAGUCAACUAGGCAGGAGAACUAAUCUGGUCGCAGCACUCGUUGUGAGAGGAGCACCAAGUUAACAGCAAGAUGGCAGCAUCAACAUUACGCAUUGCUCUCGUCCAGAUGAGAGUGGGGGAAGUGAAAGCGGAAAAUGUGGCUCGAGCAGUCCAGCUGAUAAAAGAAGCUGCUGGUGGAGGUGCCCAGCUGAUUGCCCUUCCUGAGUGUUUUAAUUCACCCUAUGGCACAAGCUAUUUUCCAAAGUAUGCUGAGGAAAUCCCUGGAGAGAGCACAAAUGCCCUGAGAGAUGCAGCCAAAAAAUUUGGUGUAUUUGUAGUGGGAGGGUCAGUGCCAGAGAGGAAUGGUGACAAGCUCUUCAACACAUGCACUGUGUGGGGACCACAGGGCGACAUGAUAGCCAAACAUAGAAAGGUCCAUCUUUUUGACAUCAAUGUUCCUGGUGGCAUUGUCUUCCGAGAGUCAGAUUGUUUAUCUCCUGGCAACAGCCUUACCAUGUUUGACCUGCCUCAUUGUAAAAUUGGGCUGGGCAUCUGUUAUGACAUCAGAUUUGCAGAACUAGCACAACUAUACACCAAACUGGGUUGCAAGGUGCUGCUUUACCCUGGGGCCUUCAAUAUGACCACAGGCCCUGCUCAUUGGGGUCUGCUGCAGCAGUGCCGUGCUCUAGAUAAUCAGAUAUAUGUGGGGACCAUUUCACCUGCCAGGGAUACUAAUGCCUCUUAUAUUGCCUGGGGUCACUCUUCUGUGGUGAGUCCUUGGGGAGAAGUGGUGUCCACCUGUGAGGAUGAGGAAGCCAUUGUAUAUGCUGAUCUAGACAUGGAUUACGUGACAAAGGUGCGACAGAUGAUCCCUGUCCAGAAGCAGAAGAGGAGUGACAUGUAUGACGUGAUCUCAAAGCAACUGGAAAAUUGAAAGUUGUGUGUGUGGUAAGCAUUCACUAACAUUUUCAACAUCUGCCUGAGUAUUUUGUAUCUAUAUAUUUUCCUAGUAAGUCAGUAUACAUGGUAUACUCAUUAGCUUUACUUUUGGUAGUUUUAUAACAAAUCCCAAAAAUGUUAUGGCAAGUAUUUGAACUGUAAAUAUUUAAUAGCAUGUGCCAUAACUGACUAUUCCUAGGAAUGUGAUGUAAGUUUUUUUCUUUAUAAAAAUUUUAUCUAGUGAAAUUUUAAGGGAAGGAUAUCAUGAAAUUUGCAAUAUGGCUCCAAUUUCCCUGGGAUUUUUACACAGUAGAAUAAUACAUUCAUAUGUUGCAUUCUUUCUUGAGUUUGAAAACACAGGAUUUUUUUUUUUUUAUCCUUUUUUCCUUUUUUUCUUUUUCUUUUUUUUUUUUUUUUCUUUUUUACUUUAAUUUUUGUCUCCUUCCUGGAAACUAUUCAUCAGUUUCAUUUAUAUCACUCAAUAAAACAACAACUCCUCUUUUGCUGGCAUUGUUUGAGUUGUUGCUACCAAAAUGGAUUUUUUACAUUUUUUAAUAGUUUAUAUGUUUUUUACUUUGAUUUAUUUAAUCAAUUCUUUAAUUAGUAAACUUGUUUAUUUCCUUGUGGCUCAUUCAUUUAUUUGUUUUGAGCUGAAAACAUGCUUACCAAUUCACCUGUUUGUUGCCUUGUUUUGUAGAAUGCUGCAAUCAAAUUAUUAAGAAAUCUAACAUUUUUUUUUUUUUUUUUUUUUAGGGGACAAAAUAUUCAUGAUUAGUGGAAAAAAUAAUUGCUAUUAAAAAUAUUUUUCAUACUGAUCUACAUAUAUUGUGUACUAAAUUAGAUUCCCGACAUUUUCAACUUGUAUUAACUACUCUAGAGCUCAUGGUACCUGGUUCUGUAGUUUUUAAAGGGCAUCAGGCACUCAAAGCUGCAGGCAUCACAGUAGCCACCCACACUUUUUGGAUCUUAUUGACUUUUGUGCACUAUCCAUUGCAAAAUUUUGCUUUUCUGCAUUUUGGCUUUGCACACAGAAUUGUUGAAAUAAAAAGAAAAAUGCAUAGAGCACCUAGAGCCAAAGGUGCAAUGAUAAAACUUGUCAGUCUCACCCAUGCCACUUUGCUGAGGUAGCAGUUACUAAGGAAUCAUGCCAAGGCACUAAUCUGAGACAUUUUUCAUUAUUUCUUGACUAUGGCUGGGAUGCAAAGAACAUGUGCACAGCCUCUGUGGGUGUGGAUAUUGAAAGAUAUUGAUAUGAGUUUACUAUUGUUUUCUUCAAGGCUAGUUCCUCUCUGAGAGGAAUCUUGUGCAAACACUCCCUUAACCCACCCAUUGCCAGCCAAGAGUGACUCCUGACCUGUGCUUAGUGUAACCUGACACACACACACACACACACACACACACACACACACACACACACACACACACACACACACACACACACACACACACACACACACACGCACACACGCACACACGCACACUCUCUCUCUCUCUCUCUCUCUCUCUCUCUCUCUCUCUCUCUCUCUCUCUCUCUCUCUCUCUCUCUCUCUCUCUCUCUCUCUCUCUCUCUCUCUCUCUCUCUCUCUCUCUCUCUCUCUCUCUCUCUCUCUCUCUCUCUCUCUCUCUCUCUCUCUCUGGCCACAUCAACUCAGAUGUAACAAAAUAACAGAAAUCAUGGUUUUGGGGAACUAAAACCAUGAAAAUUAGUAUAGUAAUAUUCCAUCAUUUAUCACUAUUUUUCUGUUAUUUUCAAGUUCUUAUAACUAUUGUUAUGCUAUUAUACUGUAGUACUAUAUUAUUACUAUUACUAUUAAUUUAUUAUACUAUGCUCUUAUGCUAUUCCAUUACUGUUAUAUUAUACUACUGUAUUAUAACUAUUGUACCAAGUUUUCUAGCAUGAGUGAAUCAGCUGCUUGAGCAUGUGGCAAGGAAAACAUGUUCCAGCUGCACCACAAUUUUCAGGUCACAAUAAUAAUUUUUAUUACAAAUUUUUCAUUUUUUUGGACAUAAUAUAUAUGACGAUGGCAUUGCCUGCAGGUAAACUCCAGACCAUAUACGUAUAUAUAUGGCUGUGGCACUAGGCAAGUUAGUAAAAAAGAUUAGUAUGUAUGUGCAAAAUUAGUCUCCUGUUAUUCAAGACAUGAAAACAAAGAAAUCUAAACAAGUAUCAUAAGUACAGGUUUAUGUGAUAAUGAAUUUUAGUCAAAUUUAACAGCAGUUGAAUUUGAAAAAAAAAAAUUGGUUGUGAAAGAUUUUGGGAUUAAACUCAUCAUUGUGCAAACCACCAAAUGCAAUGAUGCCGCUGUGUUUGCUUAGGUGAUUCAACUGGUGGGUCUCUUUUUUUCAUAUCUAUAUCUGAGAAACUAAGCAUUGUUGCAAAAAUACACAUGCAUCAUCAGAAAGACAAAGCCCAAAGCAACAAAAUUGGCUUCUUUUGUACAUCAUGUUACCCAUAGCUUGGUUAAUUCUUUUUAUGUUUGACAUGAAUCUCAUGCCCUUUUAUGAUCCAACAAUAUUCCCAUCUUUAUCUUCAUUCCUUCACAUCAUUGGGAUUAAGGACCACCCUUAUGAAGUUCUAUGAAGAUUACUUGGACCUGUGAAAAUAAAGACUGUGAAGUACUGUUGGAACAUGUAAAAAGGGCGACAAAUUCAAUUUGUAACAAGCAGCAGCAGCAUCACAGCCUUGAUAGAGCACUGAAGGGAUUAAUUCCAAGAUACAUUUUUAGUUGUUCUAGUUGAUCAUUUAUAGUUAUUGCCAUAACUUUAAUGUAGAGUUAUAUGGUGCUGGAGCUUAUAGCAUAAGUGAACUUAUUGCAAUUAUAUAGAAAAUAUUAUGCUUGUGAUUAAACUGUCAAUGCAAUAAUAAUCUGAAUACUAUAUAUAUAUAUAUACGAGUAUAUAUAUAUAUAUAUAUAUAUAUAUAUAUAUAUAUAUAUAUAUAUAUAUAUAUAUAUAUAUAUAUAUAUAUAUAUAUAUAUAUAUAUAUAUAUAUACCAUGGAUGAACUGUUGGCAUUUUAUUUGUGGUUUAUUUGAAUUCAUGGGCUCAGAAUUUAUUUUUGGCAUCAUCCAACUGUCUAAUAAACCACUGGGAACAGCUGCACCUUAGUUACUUUGCCUUGAUGGUGUGUUACACAUAUUAGUCAACAGUACAGUACACUUGAUUUUGUGUCCAGUCUGACUGAGAUCACAUUUAAUGAAUGAAAAUUCCUGAAUACUGACAGCAUCUUUAUCACCAGUAGCAAGCUUACUAUUAACCAUAGGAACCUCAUUGUGGUCUUGUUUUGAAGCUUGAGAGUAGUAAUACUUGUAUAUUAUGGUAUGCUUAACCUUAAUUUGCUAUUUGAAACUUUGUUCUAUACAUCAUUUCACAGAGAAUUCUGCAUCUUUUGGUAUGUCUCCUCUCUCAUUGAGAUAAAACAAUAAUAUUUUAUUCAUUCAUAUAUAUAUAUAUAUAUAUAUAUAUAUAUAUAUAUAUAUAUAUAUAUAUAUAUAUAUAUAUAUAUAUAUAUAUAUAUAUAUAUAUAUAUAUAUAUCUGUAUUUUUGGUUUUGAGGCCAGAUAACACAAACAAAAAAAGUGAUAAUCUUCUUUUGACUCUACACCAACAGUCAUAGAAAUAUUUUUACUCAAAAUAACAAUUUCACAUGUUCAUGCCUCCCUCACUCCUUCCUGUCUUCAUUCCUACUGUAGUGUGUGUGAUUUUAAAAGUUUACCAAAAGCCAAAAGCAGUUUGAAAUGAGCAUGUGUGUAUACAAUUUCUACUAAGAAUAACAUGGUCUCUUACCUCUCUUGUAAGUCAUUAUCGUAUGUUGUUGUAUUAGCUCUUUUUUAGUGGUAGUUGGUUAUUUCCUUAAUGAAGAGUAUAGAGGCUUUAUAUAUGAAAAUGUAAGUUCUGCAAACUUUUAUAUAGGCUCUUCCCUGACGGAAACAGUAAGUUAUUGCACAUCUUAACUUGGAUUGUAAAAAUAAAAUGUACCUAUACUUUGAAAUUGUAGACUAUUCAACAUCAUUAUCUCUCAUUCAAAACCUAUCAGUGUGCAUACCCAGGAUGUAACUGCUUUGUCAAUUUCCAUUCAUAUUUAAGGAAAGUGAGUAUGAGUAUUAUGUUUGAAAUUUGUGCAAAUCAGAUAAAAGAUGACUUCCUAAUUGAAAAAUUUGUGUAGGCACGGUAAUUUUGGUUUCCAGUCAGCAUCAAAGAUGACAAAAUCCUCAGUAGGUGUAAACGUCCACAUGUCAUUCAGCUAGUCCAUUAGGUUACAUAGGAGAAUGGAGCACUGACAAUAUCUGAUAUGAUAACUCAAGACACACAAUGACCUUCGGUACUCUCACACAUUAACAGUUUUAUGUAAAUUUGAUAGUUGAGUGACAAGAUGUUUUUCGUGCUUGCACUCCAGAGAUAACUUUCGCAAGUUAAUGUUGCAUAUCUUUACAUAUCUCCUGCCAAUGGCUACUAAAAUGCCCAUUACUAGUGAUGAAAUAGCAUUUGUAGUGGCAUUGUGCCAAGGAAUGAAACUAGUUAAAGAAACAAUUAGUAUUAUUGGAGUUUGAAAGACAACUGUGUACUGGUGGGUACAAGUUUAGAAGUUCAAAGAUGGUGGCAAGGCGUCUAUCCCAGAGCAUAAAAGCAAGGCCUGAGUGAUGAAAGUAAGUUGCUCAGCAAACCUUGAACAUUAUGAAAAGAGAAAUAGAAUGUAAUCCUUGCCCAACAGCAAAGGAACUGGAAAAAAAAAAAUGUUCCUAAUGAUGUGUCUCAAAUUUUUGUUACAAUCUCUGGCCCUGUGAUUGCACUUUUCAUCUUUUUUGAUACUGACUAUAUACCUGUAGUGAAAAGAAAGUUGUAUGAAUCAACAUGUAUAAUUUGUUGGCUGUGAUAAUAUGAGUGAUUUUAAUGGAGUACAAAGGAUCAGAGAGUUUUGAAAUAAAUUACAAUGUUGUCAUCAUGAAAUUCUCUUGCAAGAAUUAAUUGUAGGAGGUUCAUCCACAGCUGGUUCCAUCAGCUGAUCAGGUCAGGUGCAUGAAGGGGAUAGGUAUUUUCUGAUGCAGCAUGAUAAAUCAGUUCUGCUGUUAAGUUCUAAUACAAAGGGGCCCUGUGCAACUGUUCAGCUUGAACAGAACGUAGUUAUUUGAUGCAGACUGAAAAGAUGGUAUGUGAACACACUCAUGUGGCACCAUAUGUACUAAACAAUGAGCAGUGUGGUCAGUGAAGAUUUGCUAUCAUUUCAUUAAAAAAUCUAGGAGCUCAAAUGGAUUUUUAUUUUUUUAGUGUAUAUAUGUGUCUGAACACCUUUUCUUAGCUAUACAUUUCUUUGCAGAUAUUUUGUUCUAAUGAACCAGAUGGAUUAUAUCUUGAUUUAAUUACUCCAUAUACUUCCUGCUCAUAAACAUGCAUCUUCUUUAUAUUUGUACUUGUUCUGAAUGGAAUUUUUUUACCACAUGCAUUUCUCAGAUAGUGGUAGUCAUCCUUCUAACAUAAGCUAAAAUUGAGUGUCAUGAUGUCAAACAUCAAGUUUCUACCAACAAAACUGUUUUGCAUACUCAUGUCCUUGUAAAGUGGAUCCCCUACUCUAUAGUUCACAAUUUCAAAUUUAUCAUUGUGUUGUGCACACUCCUUCCAGUAUCCCUAUUUCUCAGUGUUCUGGUUGUCAUCCCUCUAACAUUAAACAAAAUUACAAAAAUUGAUUUAAAAUUUGUGUUAAUUUUCCUUUGAGAAAGAUGCUGUUGUGAACUGGGCAUUGCAUAAUGAGAAACCUUGAGUUAAACAAAAAUGUAGCGAGUACAAGUUGGUACUGGUCCCAAUGUAUGUGUAACGGAAACCUGUCGAUAAUAUUACUUAGAUAUAGCCCUUAUCAAAGAUGGAUUGAUAGAAACACAGCAACCACCAAUAUAAUUUGCUGACAUUUAUCAAGUAUAUUUUGACAUGACUUCUGAGUUCUGGCAUUUCAACAUUUACAUAUUUUGAUCUUGCUAAUUGAUCAUUAUAUUUUCAAUUAAAAAUUGACAAGUGUUUCAUAAUCAAGCUUCAUUUUCAAAGUUUUGUUAUGAAUCUACUAGAAAUAAAAAUGUAUAAAAAGUC